UCAUCGUGCUUCCCAACAAAAUGAACCACCCAAGUCUCACGUGUGCUAUAAAAAUUGGAAUAGUACCUCUACUUCUAUGGAAUCAAGUAUAAUAGUUGAAGGCUUCAAGGAGAGUAUUCCAAUGCACAACAUAAUAUAUGACAAGUUAAUCGGAGAUGGUGACAGUAGUGUGAUGAAGAACUUGAAUUUAACUAAACCAUAUGGACCGGAUUUGAAUAUUAAAAAAAUAGAGUGUACAAAUCAUUUGCUCAGAAAUUAUAUAAACCGAAUUCGUGAAAUAGCUGGUCGACGCAAGUGUACAAAUGGGAAUAUUGUUCCAGGUGUUCAAAGAACUUUUUUAAAAAAUAAUUUACUUCGUCUUCGAUAUGCUGUUACGGAAGCCAUAAAGUUUCGUAGUAAAAUGAAGAUAAAUACAACCGAAAAAAUAAAAUUAUUAAAAUCAGACAUUUUGAAUGGACCUUACCAUGUAUUUGGAUACCAUACACAUUGUGCUCAAUAUUUUUGUAUGGGUCCAAAAGACAGUGAAAAUAAUUUAGUGCCCGAUUUAGAAAAAUCCGGUCUUUGGAAUGACAUUUUAGCUGCAAGAAAUUUAUUGGCAUACCAUUCUUCAAGUUUAAUUCAUAAUGUCAAUAAUAACUGUGUCGAAAAUUUUAAUAGUGUAGUCGCCAAAUAUGUAGGUGGAAAGCGUAUUAAUUUUUCUUUAAAAGGGUCUUAUCAAACACGGUGUCAUAUUGCUCUAACUUCCUUGAAUACAGGUUCAUCGCAUAUAAGUAUACUACACAAAAAAAUGACAAAAGCAAGUCCAGGUGUAUUUACUAAACGUUUUAUAGAACAGCGUAAAACUAAAUUAAGAAGACAACAACUGUUUGGAAAUACCAAGUCUACUAAAAAAACGUAUAUUGGCCCAGACAGAGAUUAUGGAUGUAUUCAAGAAGAACCUCAAAUAUUAGAUAUGGAACCAAAAGAAUUUAAUAUUAAAAAAUUACAAUUUUUAGAGCGUUUAUCAAAGACCAACGAAGAAAUUAAAACAAUAGAAAAAUCAGUCUGAAAGUGACCUAUGGAGAGCAGAGAGAAGUAUACGACUGACGGCCUCAAAUUUUGGAAAGGUUUGUAAAUUGCGAGUUAGAACUUCGAGAAAAAAUAUUGUAAAAAGUAUAUUAUAUAAUACAUUUGCCGGUAAUUCAUCGACAAACUAUGGUAUCGAAAAUGAACCUAUAGCAAGAAUUUCCUUCGAAAAAGAGAUCAACAUAAAAAUCAAACCCGCUGGUUUAUUUAUUGAUACAACAUAUUAUUUUUUGGCUGCGAGUCCUGACGGAUUGAUUGAAAAUGAUGGUAUCGUAGAAAUCAAAUGUCCAUACACUAUAAAAGAUCUCACACCUGAAGAUGCUAUCCAAUGUGGAAAAUUGAAGUUUGCGACAAUUAUUGAUGGAAAAUUAAAUUUAAAAACAAAUGAUAAUUAAUACUAUCAAGUACAAGGACAACUACAUAUAACACAAAGAUCUUACUGUUAUUUCGUCUUGUGGUCAUCCAAAGGCAUGUUGUACCAAAAGAUUUUACGAGAUGAUGUUUUCUUUGAAUUACAAAUGCGACAACAAUUAAUUUCAUUUUACUAUGACCAUUUGCUACCUGAAAUAUUAGAUUCCCGUUUAA